GCCCCCCGCCGGGAGCCGGCUUUAAAUGCGGGGCAGCGCGGCGGCGGCGGUGCUCCCCGUCGCUCCCCGCUGUCCCCUGCCAGCCCCCGCCGCCCCUCCCCGGUACCCGCCGCCAUGGUCGAGGCUUUCUGCGCCACCUGGAAGCUGGUGGACAGCCACAACUUCGACGAGUACAUGAAGGCGCUGGGAGUGGGGUUUGCGACACGGCAGGUGGGGAAUGUGACUAAACCCACUGUGAUUAUCACAAGCGAGGGGGACAAAGUAGUGAUCAGGACUCAGAGCACUUUCAAAAACACAGAAAUCAGCUUUAAACUUGGAGAAGAAUUUGAUGAAACUACCCCCGAUGACAGAAACUGCAAAUCAGUUGUGACCCUGGACGGAGACAAGCUAGUGCACGUACAGAAGUGGGACGGCAAGGAGACAAACUUUGUGAGAGAAAUAAAGGAUGGCAAGAUGGUAAUGACUCUCACCUUUGGUGAUGUGGUUGCUGUUCGCCACUAUGAGAAAGCGUAGAGUUUACCUGACCUCUGUCCAGAUGUUACUUCUGCUGGAUGGAUUAAUGUGCCGUCCAUAAUCGAACGUAGCUAAAAUGCACAUUUCUGGCAUGAAAGGUUAAUAAAGAGUUUUGGGGGGUGUGUGUUUUUUUUAAAAAAACUUCAUGCCAUCAAAUUGGCAAGCUCGUGCUGUAGAGUGAAACAGGUUAAACAUGGUAUUAAAUUUCUGAAACACG